ACACACACACACACACAGUUCAGGACAGAGUGAGAGGAGAUGGAGUGAGUGGGGCGUGGAGCCCCUGACUUGAUGGAGUUGUGGGAGAGAUCCUAAAAUGAAUUUUGGCCAGGAGGUAAAAUGCCAGCGAGUAGUAACAGAGAUGGGUCAUAUGCGUGUGGAGAAAGCUUUGGAUCAUUUUGGGGGAAUAACACGCUACGAAUUCAAUGUUUACUUGCACAUGAUGGACUUUGAACUUAAAGGAGGAUGCUCUGCAGGCAAUCUACUGUCUGACUGGUCAGUGGUUUAAGUCAGAGGUUUUAUUAAAGUGAAUAUAACUGCUGGUACCCGUUCAAAAAAAGACGUGGCAGGAGGAAGUUAAAGUUUUUUUAAAAGGGCUUUUGUACAGGCGGCAUCUAAUGCAAGGCAAAAAUGGGAUUGGAUGGCAUGGAAGUUAUUGCCAUUGCUGUUGUUAUCGGACUGUUUGUUGUCUUGCUCAAACAGUUUGGGGUUUGGGAGCCCUUGUCCCUGGAAGACAGCUGUGACGGCGAUUUAGAACUCUCAAUGGUGCGCCAUCAACCUGAGGGCCUCGAUCAGCUUCAAGCCCAGACACAGUUCACCAGGAAGGAGCUUCAGUCGCUUUACAGAGGCUUCAAAAAUGAAUGUCCAAGUGGGCUUGUGGAUGAGGAAACAUUCAAGACCAUUUACUCACAGUUCUUCCCUCAAGGAGAUGCAUCCACAUAUGCACAUUUCUUGUUUAACGCGUUUGACAUGGACAGAAGUGGCUCCAUUCGGUUUGAGGACUUUGUGAUAGGAUUGUCUGUGUUGCUCAGAGGCUCUGUUACAGAGAAACUUCGAUGGGCAUUCAACUUGUAUGAUAUCAACAAAGACGGCUACAUUACUAAAGAGGAAAUGAUGGCAAUAAUGACAUCCAUUUAUGACAUGAUGGGCAGGUAUACCUUACCCAGUGUACGAGACGAUUCUCCUUAUGAGCAUGUGGAGAAAUUCUUCCAGAAAAUGGAUCGGAACAGGGAUGGAGUGGUGACUAUUGAUGAAUUCAUAGAAACCUGCCAAAAGGAUGAAAAUAUAAUGGCUUCCAUGCAGCUCUUCGAGAAUGUCAUCUAGUUUCUGUAGAGGGAUGAGCAUCUCUAAUUUUGCAUAGUGCUUCCAGCUGCAAGCAUCUGGGGCUUGAAAUUACUUCAUUUAUCCUAAAAAGGAGAAACUGGGUUGUGCAACACAUUUUACAUAUUUUAAGACAAAGUGGCAAGAAAACAUCACUUUUGCUGACAUGAUGUGUGUAGAUGUGUAGAAUUCACAGAUUUGCUUAAAGAAAAAAUGUUUCUUUGCAUGACAACUUUGUUUAUGCACCUGAAGGAAAAACCUUGCUACCCUUGCUAUACAGUAACUCAUUACGUGAUGAGCAUGAUUGCUUGCUAGCAUCAGAUGCAAACCACAUUGAACACAAACAAGGGUUUUUAUUGUGGACCACUUCAAAACUUUGGCAAAUGAGAAUACUUUGUUAAUUAUAUUACAUAUGUUAAUGCAAAGAUUAUAUUUAUGUUUCUACGUUUUUCAAAUUUUUGUGUUAACCCAAUACCAUUUCACAAUCUUGACCCAAAACUAACUGAAGUAAAUAUAUACCUUUACAUACUGAUAACUAUUGACUAUCUUCUCUUUUUACACAACACACAAAACUGCGAUUUGUAAAAGCAGUGAUAUGUUCACUGUCCCCUGGAGAAAUGUUAACAUCUUGAAAGUGAUUACAUCCAAAGUGUUGUAUUUAAAGUUAUGCAACUGUGCCGCUACAAAACAGCAAUAAAACAGAGUUCAAUGCAACAUGCUUCAUGGAACAUAA